AUGAGGUUUUUAUACAGUGUACAGUACCAGAAGGAUCGCGGAACGGUUCUCGACUUUUUCCAGGAGCUGGCUCCCUCCCGUCUCCCAGCCCGUAUGGCGUCAUCGAGCGCACGUUCGUCGCAGUACUUGCCUGAGGAAGUGCCCUCUGCCAAUCCACCACCGUCAGCAGGAGUGCCAGGCCUCUCCCGUGCCGUGCCCAGCCUCAGAGCAAGCCCCAGAACCGUCGUCACGCCCACUCCGAGGGCCUUAUCGAACAUCCAGAGGGUGGGCAUGCAAUGCAUGGCAAUGGCUGGGCGAGCCACCGUUGACCCACACAUGUGGUGACUGUUGUCUGUGCAGCCGGAGAGGCGGCCUCAGCACCGGCUGCCGGGGGCGCCCGACACCGAGGCGUGGCUCAAGUUCUUCUGUCGAGGGCUGAUUGCCACCCUGACUGUGCUUACGAUGUUCCUUGGGGGAUGGCUCUUGAUGAAACUGAUGACAGCUGGACGGAACUAA